GCAGCAGGAUACCGUGGGUUUCCCCUUAUUUUAACGCGUGCCGGCCUUUUCCUUGGAGAAGGGGCCGGGGGCUUCUUUCCCUGCCCGUCACCCUGCGCCUGGAACAGCAGCUGGCAUGCAGUAGGCGCUCAGUAAAUGCUUGUCAAAGGCAGCAACAUGCUGGGGGUGGGGGGUUCCUCAGCCGGUCGAAGGCUGGCGCUGGCCUGCCCAGGCACGCUGCUGUGGCCCGACCUGUUCUUGCAGGGAGGGGACCGGUAACCUCAGCCUGCAGGGCUUCCAGUUCAGGCUUUCUGCCUACCCAGCAACUUCUAAUUUGGCAGGCGGGACGGGAGACCACCGCAGUGCCCCGUGCUUCAGCCCUUGAGGAGCGAUGACGGAAUAUAAGCUUGUGGUGGUGGGCGCUGGAGGCGUGGGAAAAAGUGCCCUGACCAUCCAGCUGAUCCAGAACCACUUCGUGGAUGAGUAUGACCCCACCAUCGAGGACUCCUACCGGAAGCAAGUGGUUAUCGAUGGGGAGACGUGCCUGCUGGACAUCCUGGACACGGCGGGCCAAGAGGAGUACAGCGCCAUGCGGGAUCAGUACAUGCGCACCGGGGAGGGCUUCCUGUGUGUGUUCGCCAUCAACAACACCAAGUCCUUUGAGGACAUCCACCAGUACAGGGAGCAGAUCAAGCGAGUGAAGGACUCCGAUGACGUGCCCAUGGUGCUGGUGGGGAACAAGUGUGACCUGGCUGCCCGCACAGUGGAGUCCCGGCAGGCACAGGACCUCGCCCGCAGCUACGGCAUCCCCUACAUCGAGACCUCGGCCAAGACACGCCAGGGCAGCCGCUCUGGCUCUGGCUCCAGCUCCGGGACCCUCUGGGACCCUCCGGGACCCCCGUGACCCAGCGGCCCCUAGCGCUGGCGUGGAGGACGCCUUCUACACGCUGGUGCGCGAGAUACGGCAGCACAAGGUGCGGAAGCUGAGCCCGCCUGACGAGGGGGGCCCCGGCUGCAUGAGCUGCAAGUGUCUGCUGUCCUGACGCCCCCUCCCCCCACCAUCUUGCAGGCCCUCUGUGCUCCCAGAGCACGGGCACGGAGCACGGGCAUGGGGCAUGUGGGUGCCGGAUGCCAGGAGGAGGUGCUGCGGUCGGAGGGAGAGCAGGGGAGGGAAGGAGGGAAGCGCCGCCCGGCCGGCUCAGGCUCCCUGCACGGAGUCCGCACACCUCCCAGGACGCUUUGCACAGACUGUGGUGACCUGAGGCCACCCGCACCCGGCUGUCACUCUCCUUCCAGCCCCGUCCUGGUCCUUUGGGCACAGGCUGAGUUGCAGUAAAUUAUUGGAUGGUCUUGA